AUGGCACUCCAACUGGCUAACAGAACAUUCAAGUUUCCACAUGGAGUAGUGAAAGAUUUAUUGGUGAAAGUGGGAGAAUUCAUUUUCCCGGCUGACUUUGUUGUGCUGGAUAUGAAAGAAGAGGCUAACACUUCAAUUAUCCUAGGAAGGCCAUUCCUAGCUACUGCUAGAGUCAUCAUUGAUGUGCAAAAAGGGGAACUAGUCUUGAGAUUACAUGAAGAGAAGAUGGUCUUCAAUGUUUUCAAGGCAAUGAGUUACCCCAAAGUGGACACCAUAGAACAAAUAGUUCAAGGGGUUUUGGAAGAAGAGCAAUGUGAAGGAACUAUGGAAUUGGAGCAACAAAUACCACGUGGAGAACUACCACAAGGAGCCUUGGAAAGUUCAAUCAUGACAAACCACAAAGAUGACAAUGGAGAAGAGGCACCAAAACUAGAGCUGAAGACCUUACCACCAAGCUUAAAAUAUGUGUAUCUGGGUGGCAACAGCACCUACCCAGUGAUCAUCAACUCAAGCUUGAGUUAG